UUUAUCUGUAAGGCUAAUGGCGUCCUCUAUGAGAACCAACUUAUCCAAAUUGGCUUAAAAACUCAAUAUCAAUCAAGUGGUCAGGGAAAACUUGCAGUCUUCUAUGGUAACAAAUCGAGCCUGGGCGAUCUGACCAACUUUGUUGUGCAGGUGACUAAUACUGAUGCUAUUGAAGAUACUGGUUUGCAGGUUCAUUUGCAGCAAGCACCACCAUCUCUAGUUCCUGCCGGUGCGCAGGUUCAGCACAUGAUACAUUUAGAAUGCUUCAGCGAGUUUGUUACCAUGCCUAGAUUCAACAUCUCGUUCACGUAA